GUAUUUCUUCAUGCUAAUUCUAUAAUUAAGGCAGCGAAUAGUGUUUUUUUUUGGCUAUACUUUCAAUUAAUGGUGAUUGUAAGUGGAAAAAAGGAAAGUUACAGUAAUAGAUAACUGUACCUUUUCUUAAAAAAUUAUUUGGGAAACGGAGCUGGUUAUGGCAUGCGUAAGACACCAAAAAAAAAAAAAAAAAAAACAGGAACUGGAUUUUGAUUAUUGAUGUAUAAAUCUGGUUUUGAUUAACUAGUGCCCGAAUAUGAAGCAAUAGAUUCGUCAGACUUUUUGAGAACUAAAUUCAGAUAUUCGAUUGUAAAAGCACAAAUUUUCCUCCCACAAUUAUUUUAGAUACCAUUUGUCAUGAAAAUUUUGCAAGACAUUACAUUUUCACUUCAAAAAUAUCUAAGAAUAAAUAAAUAAUUCAACAGUUACGAAAGAUAGACGGCUCCCGUCUUGAAUCAUUGUCAUAAACCAAAACAAAAAUACAACUUUUUUUAAUGAGUGAAGAAAACUCCGUUAAACAGUUGCAAGAUAUCCUUGUAGCGGAACGCGAAAUAGCAGAAAUAGCCGAACAAAUUCACGAAUUCAACGAAUUGUGUUGGGACAAAUGUGUCUAUAAUGUUGGAAAGAAACUCGACAGCAAAACAGAAACAUGUUUGACAAACUGCGUGAAUCGAUUUAUUGACGUUUCCUUCCUCAUCACCAACAGAUUUGCACAAUUACUUGAGAAGAGAAUUAAUAAUGUGUAAUAAACUGCAAUAAAACUCGCUCUAAAUUUGAUAA